UUCCUUAGCGGCGCCAACUCGUGAAUUGUCAUUUACGCUUAGUAAUUUUAAUUGGUUGUUGGAAAGUUAAUUGGUAAUAACUGACCUUAAGAGCUCCUUUACACACCCAAAUUUUAAGGCCUUUUGAUAAUUUAAGAGGUAAUAUUGCGGUGGUGACAUAAUUGGAACAUAUAAUUAGCAAUUCCUGUUAAUUAAUAAGAAUUGAUGUACAUACGUAUUGUGAAAAUCCCAGAAUGGUGCUGACAGCUCUUCCUCAAGAUACAGUAAGACUUAUCAAAAGUACACAAGUGAUCACUACUCCUUCAUCCAUCGUGAAGGAGUUGGUAGAGAAUUCCCUUGAUGCCUCAGCAACAACAGUAUCUGUUAAGUUGGAAAAGUUUGGUUUUAUCCGAUUGGAAGUCAGGGACAAUGGAAGUGGCAUAAAUGAAAAUGAUGUUGAAUGCCUGGCUAAACCGCAUUAUACAUCAAAGAUUUCUUCAUUUGCUGACCUUUCUUCUUUGAGUUCCUAUGGAUUUCGUGGAGAAGCUUUGUCAUCCCUGUGUGCAGUUGCAGACGUUACCGUGACCACAAAGAGGAAGGAGGAUGGAGUAGGUCAUUCAUACACCUUCAACCACAGGGGUGAAGUGACCUCUAAAAGACCAGCGCCUACUCCAAAUGGAACUACUGUAGUAGUUACAAACCUGUUCAAGAAUGUUCCCGUCCGAUAUCAGUACUACACCAAUACCAAACAUUGUAAAGAUGAGCUAAAAAAAGUGGAAAAUACUUUACUUGGCUUAGCAGUAGCUUCUCCAAGUUUACAUGUUUCUCUUUCUCAUGACAGAGCCACCAUAUUCCAGAAGAAUAGUGCAGCCAAUAUUCAAGGUGUCGUCUUGAAUCUUUUCCCUGAAAUAUACAAGGGGUUUUCAUCAAAACAAAAGGUUAAUGGAGAUGUGAUCCUUGAUGUUUUUUUGCCUCAGAAAAAAUUCUGUGGCAUCGGUGACUAUGGUCGUUCAUCAGCUGAUCGAUUAUUCACUUUGGUGAAUAAGCGACCAGUGACCCACAAGUCUAUUGAAAAGAUAAUUAAAGCUUACUUCAACUUGGGAUAUGAAACAUGUCAUGGCCGUUACCCCGUUGGUUUCGUAUCUCUCACCAUGCCUGCUGAAUCCAUUGAUGUCAAUUUAGAACCUAAUAAGACUAAAGUUCUUCUGAAAGAUGAGGAUGUUGUUCUUGCAAUGGUGAGAGAAAUUUUGGAAGAUUUUUAUGGGCCUUUGGAAAAAGCAGAUAAGAGUAAGAAUAAAACACCCAGUGACCAUGGAGACAUAACAUGUACCUUUGCUGGUGUAACACAAGUAUCACCUACUGCUAAGGUACCUGGUACUAAUAACAAGAAUGAAACUUUUUGUGAAGAUGACUCAUUUUUAGUGGAUAACUUCCAGUCCAAGAAGACUGAACAGAAUAAUGUGGUAACUGUUGGUUCAACAGCUUGUAAGAAGUUUGAUAGUCAGACACAAAGAAAUAUCUUAUCACUUAAAACUUCAGUGUUGGAACCACAGAGAGAAGUUAGAAUUUUAGAUGUAAGUGUAGCGCCCAGAGUGAUAAGUGGGAGAGACAAAGACGAAAACCCACUUAAAAGAACUAUGGAAAGGGAGGUGGAAAUUAGUUUGAUGAAAAAUUUUGGAAAUGAUGAUGGUGAACAAAAACGGUGUAGAAUGGCUAGUACCCCUGAAAAUAGAAUGCUGGAGGUUUGUCCCAACUUGUCACUUAGUACUAUUCAUAGCUCUGGAGAUUCUCAUUGUGUUGAUAAGCCUCAGAACAGUAAUACCUCUAGCAGUGAGACUGUUCAAAGCCACAUGUAUGGUCUGGGGACAGCAUCUAAAGAUUCACAUCAAAGUUUUGCAAACACCACUACUGCACUAAGUCCACCUCAUGAUAAAUGUGAAGAGGAUGAGAGGGAAAUUAUUGACUGUGAUAAGGAUUCAAGAACAACAGUAUCCAAUGCAGAAAACAAAAACCUCAAACAAAAUGGGAAGGAAGUCUUUGAUGAAACUCUGAAUGCCUCUCUUUGUGACAACAGAAAUGACCUGGCUCAUAUAUCUACAGUUGGUAGUGAUGGAAUACCAGUUUACAAGAUUGCACCUCUGUCUCAAAAUAUAAUUGAUGAUGUUGACAUGAGAGGAAAAAAUAAGUCCCAUAACACAGAAUUACAGUCUAAAAGUAGAAAUGUGGAUGAGGAUAAAGAAAACAUGGAAAGUAUGAAGGAAAUAUUAAAUGAAUUUAGCAAUGAAAAUAAUUGUACAAAUAGCAAUGUCAAUCAGAAUAAAGAAAACAUUGAAACUAGGAAAGAAAUACAGAGUGAAUUUAGGACUGAAAAUGAGAUGAAUAAGGACAUCGUGAAGCCAGGAAAUUGGAGCCGAGGAAUUCCUGUAAAUGGUUGCAAUAUUCAGACUGUUCAGCUUCUGAAGCCACCAAACAGUAAUUCCUGUGUUGGUGAAAGUUCUAUUCAAAAGUUGGAAGGAAAGAGACCACUGUCAUUAGUUUCUCCAGAUGUAACAUCUGCUCCUCCAAAGAAGAAGCAAAUUAAUUCUUUAGCUUCAACUUCAUUCGAAUACAUACACAACAAGCCAGUUAGAAGACCAACAAGUUCCUUCAUAUAUUUCUCAAGAGAUAUUAGACCACAUGUGUUGGCAGAAAAUCCAGGCAAAGACUUUGCAUUUGUGGCAAGGGAAAUGGCUAACAGAUGGAAAGAAUUGACUGGUGAAACUAAGAAACUCUAUGAAGACAUGGCCAAAGAAGAUUCUGAAAGAUACCAAAGGGAGAUCAGGAAAAUUAGAGAAGCCAGGGGUUUAAAUGAUUCAGCUGAUACAUCACUAAAAGCUGGUCUUGGCAGCAGAGCUACAUUAGAUCGGUAUGUUGCACCCUUGACACCACAGUUGAUUAAAAAACGAGGAAAGACUUUUCCCCAGCAACCUUUAGUUUCAAAGCAUCCUUGGAAGGACCGCUGUAAAGAAAUUGAUAUUACUGUUAAUAUGAUUAAACAAAGAAUGGAGUCACAAAACAAAUUGGCCUCCAUAGAAGAUUCUCCUAGGCUGAUUGGGUCUCUGGCAAAUGGAGAAGGUUGGAUAUGCCUGAAAGAUGGAGAAAUCAACACUUUAAAUGUGGCAAGGCUGCAUGAGACCAUCCUCUGCCGUAGCCUUUUCCAGACUUUCACAUUACCAGCGCCAAGUGUGAUUGAUCCAAUUCCUUUCAAUUCCAGUGUCAUAGGAGAGGACAACUGGACAACAUUGUGUGGUUUGAAGCGAGAAAAAGUGUUUGGUCAAAAUUUUUACACAGUUACAGACAAAAGAGUAACUAAGAAUGGCUUUAAAAUUGCUUUAUACAGAAGUUAUGCAAAUGAGGCAGAGAUGUCUCAUGGAGAAAUUGUUGGUGUUGCUGAUAAUCUUGGCUUCUAUGGGAUCAGUGACCUGAAGGAAAUUCUAUCCAUCUUAGUUAUCAAUCAAGCUGCUACCAUCGGUCAAACACGUCCAUUGAAGCUACAGUUUUGGUUGAAGGGAGAGGCAGUAAGAAUGGUUCGCACAGGAUUUCGUGAUUUAUGUGCUGAGGACAUCAAGGAAAAACUACGAACUUGGAAAGAUAUCCGUAGUAAUAUAAGUGAUCAUACGAGGGAUAUAUGGGAUCAAGGAAAGUGUUUACAUGAUAAACCCAUAUUUACUGCUUUGCAUUCUUUAGAUGAUUUACCCUUUUCUCAAUCAAAGUCUCAGUCAUAGUUUACAGCUCACAUUUACAUGAACAACUAAAUUGUUUUUAAGUUUGCAUUUUAAGAUUUUUUCAUUGCUAUUCAUACUUACAAGUACUUUAAUUUACAUUAUCAUGGUAAUUAAGAUUUUAUAUAAAUGUUGAUCUAUGCGAGUAGAGAUUCUAAUAAAUCAUUUGUACCAUUCUUAUAGAUAAAAGCAAGCAGAAUUUUUCUAAUAAGUAGAUAAAUAUUUUUUGGAAUGUGUAUCUGUGAUGUUUUAAAUGUCAUCAUUUAGUUUUUGUCAUUGGAUUACCAAAAUGGAAUACAUUUGUGUAACAGACAGAAUAUUAAUUUUUAAUUUAUUUAAAUUUAUAUUCACAAAAGGUACAAAGUAUAAACAAAUUACAUUUUAAAUACUGCAGUCUCACAAGCUUUUAAGGUCUGUAAUGUGUGGGAAGUAUUUUGAUAAAGUCUGGGCAGGAGAUACCAUGCAGCAUAAUUAACAAGUUGCUUGUGAAAGAUUCAAGGCCAAGAUUAAGAGGAAGCAAAGAUGUUUAAACAGUUGACACAGCGAGGAGUUGGAGGUUUAACUACAGUUUGUUGGUCAGUUACAAGAAAACACUGGGAAUAAUGGAGUGAAGACUUUGGUUGGAAAGAGCAACAGUUGUAAGAGAACAAGGUAUGUUUCAUACAUUGACAUUAUGGUCAUAAGAAAUAGUUCGAGGAACAUUGUAAUAGGGGAGGUCACAGCUUCCGCAUACUUAUACUAUGUGAAAUAGUAAGUGAAUCAGCAGUAUAGCAGCAUCUGAAAAAUUUUAUGCAAUUUCUUAGGCAGGUUUUGUGAACACACACACAUGUAAUUGUUUUUGUGAUUAAUACAGAUAUAUGUUGUAUAUAUUUUUAAAAUACUUUGCAAAUACAGAUAUAUGUUGUAUA